CUAAAUUCCCCGUUACCAAAUGAGUCGCCGCCGUCAGCCCCGCUCCUCCGACACCCAGCUGUUCAUCGACGUAGUCGACGACAAGGUCGUCCAGGUCGUGUCCGAACGGCCCGUACAGUACGACCCGCACCAGCCGGUAAUCCAACGCCUGAUCACCACUCCGCUAGCGCCAACCCUGUACGACGGAACGUUUCGUCAUGACGAAGACGGUAGCGAGUCCGAGCUGAGCUUCUCUUCGGACAGUGCUUCAUCGGUGGAGAGCGGAUCCGGCGAGAGUCCGGCUUCCGUGGACGAGCUGACGCUGGAGCAGACCGGUGCCAGGCCGAUGUUUUCUGUUGCGAGGAUGGCGGAGGAGGAGCGGAAGCAGUCGAUUUCGGUUGUGAGUAAGGUUAGGAAGCAUGCCGUUGGGGCGAUCGUCGAUCCGGACAGUACGGUGCUGAUGCAGCUUGGGCGGAAGGACAGCUUUGGGCACCAGCAAGCGCUGGAGUACAUUCGAAACAUUAAUGAGAUGUUGGAGCGGGACGAGAGCGUGGUGAUUUUGAGGUAUCCGAACGUGCAGGAAGAGCAGAGCUCGAGGGUAGCUAGGGAAGAUCACGUGGUGAUGACUAGGAGGAUGAUGGAACUGACGGAGGAUGUGUUGGGAAGGGUUCAGGGGAAUUCGAGGGAGUCGAUUCUGAUGCGGUUGCAGCAAACGCUGGAGGAGAUACUGAACCAGGACGAUGAAACGAUCGUGGUGCAUAGCUACUCGAGAGCGGAUACGGCUCGAGAUCUACCGGAGUCGGAGGCGUUGGUCGGAUUCUUCCAGAAGGACGAUGAUGCGGCACUGUUUGUGCACGUUCCGGACACGCUGAACAGGUUGUCCAGCAGCUGGUCUGGUAGUGAAACCGAUCAGCAACAGAUGUCGCUGGAUCAGUUGAAGAACUUUCUGCAAGAGUCGCUGGUCUUUCAGGAGGAGACCAUGGGCGUGACGAUGUCCACCGAGCCGGACAUCACGGUCAGCAAGUCCGGGAACAGAAUCGUAGCGGUGAUGAGCUUCCCGAACACGUCUUCAGCCGUGCUGACGGCACCUUCCUCCAGCAUUCCGCUGGAGAGCGAGCGCAGCGAGAUCAUCCAGGCGGUCAAGGAUCGCUUCCGGGAAGUGAUCGAACAACCGAGUGGGAAGCUGCUGAUGCAGCUGCACCUGGACGAGAGUCGCGGAAACAAAGUGGAGCAGAUGAAGUACGGGUUGGAUCAGAUCCUGCGAUCGUCGGAGCUUCCGCACGAUCCUUCUCAGUUCAGUGUGCAAACGAUCGAGGACAAGGUGAUCGGUAAGCUGAGCUAUUCCGGGGGUUCGAUCGUGAUUCAGACGUCGAGCAAGAACUGGGCUAGACCACGCUGUCACAAACCGGAGGAUCUGGUGCAGAGCAUCCGAGGUGUGAUCGAGCAGUUCAUGAUCAACAACGAGCUGAACGAUCGUGACUUGAAGACCAUUGCAGCACUACUGGUUCAGGUGUUUUACGUUGAAGACGUGGAACUUCCGGAAGACUUUGUGGGUUUGUCAGUUCACGAGAAGAUCGAGGUUUUAGUUCAGCAGCUGAUGAAUCCAACCGUGGAUGAAGAUCACCUAAGCAUACUUGGUCAGAUCCAGGUGACCCUGCAAGACAUCUGUCAAACCCAAACGGCUGAUCACGACAACGCUUCCUGGGAUAUCCUAAAGUCGUACUUUGAAGGACUAAUCUGUGAAGGUGACAACGAGUACUACGGUGAUACCAUCCUGCCGGUGCUUCGUCGAGGUUUGCUCAUGAUCUUAAGCCAGUACGAAAACUCACUAUCCAGUGCACUCGAAGAGCUCGUGCAGCUGCUCAAGCAGGUUCCCAACGAGAAAGUCGAGCUGUACAACGUGCCUUCGAUCGCGACUUGUCCAGGUACCACAACUCUAUCAGAACCGAACCAAAACGCACCCGAGUUAGACCACCCCUCCCUCGAGGUCGUCCAGAAGAUCCACAACCUGCUUACCACCGAUCAACCCUCCACCAUCUCCUACCUUUCAACGUUCCACGCCCUCUUCUUCGCCUUCCUGACCAUUGUCAGCGGCUGGACGGUCCGGGUCAAGUCCUUUCUUAGCAAGGAUCCUCCGUCUCCGUCCGCUCCACCCCUGGACUCGCAACCAUCCGUAAGCAAGAAACCCUCCGUCUCGUUCCACCUCGUCCAAGAACCGGAAGAACCAUCAACCCCUCCGGACUUCCCGGCACAGCUGGAGCGCGAGCAGCGACACCUCAACGAAACCAUCGACAGCUUGCGAGCCUACCUGGAACGUACGCUGGAAGCUCCCAAGUCGUGGCAGCACAGCGGCCAAGGUUCGCUCGUUGAGGAGCCGGAGCCUAGGAAGCUUCCCGCCAGCGGUCCCGACCGGAUGGUGCAGCUGUUUACGCAGCUGCUCGAACAGUCUGAGCAGCUGAGGGGGGAGGAGAAUCCGUCGACGAACGCCAAUACGAUCCACCUGCGGAUGGAGUCGGCGUCGGCGGUGCUGGAACGGAAGGAGGCCGAUCAGGUUGUGAUGCUGAGUGGAUGCAUCCGCGAUCGGGGCCAGAACGUCGGGUUGUUUUUUGAGGCACGGUUGAUGGACUUGUUGGGGGUGGCGAAUCAGGAGUCCGAGCUGGAGUGCGUGAUGGGAGUGAGGCGACUUUCGGACGAUGACGGGCAGGAGGAAGCAGCAGCUGGAGUGGUGAAUGAGGUGCUGGAAGGGUGCUUGUCGGGGGUUGUCAGAGGUACGGAUGAGCUGGAGAGGAAGACAAAGCUGGAGCAGGAGUGGAGACGGUACUUUGAGCAGAUUCAGAACCACAUUGAGGUGUCGAUUGAUCCGCUGCGGGACGCAUUGGAGCAGAUUCUGGAGAAGCUGGGUGCGAGUAAAACCGGCUUUGAGGAUGACUACCUUGUGGAACUAGCGGAAACCGUUCAGUCUGAACCGUGCAAGGCGAUUGCGGAAGAGGUUAUCUACGCCUCAAAAUCCGUUCAGUUUGAAGAAUCUACCAAGAGUGCAUCAAGCGUUCCCAGUGUGAGGUCAACAUCCGACCGCCUUAUGACCAUCGAGGGCGACCUGCGCGAGCUCAAGCAGCUGAUGCAGCUUCUGCUCGCUUCCCGGCAGUACGAGCUGAUGACGCCGGAAGCGUCCAUGGACUCUGCCGCCGCGGAGCAGAUCAUACUGUCCUGCUUUCCGUCGCAGGAGUCGGAGUCGGACCUGGAGACGCUGUACGCGUCCGCGCUGGAGUGUACGGACGAGCAGCUGGCGGAACUGCAGCGGGAGGAGCUGGCGAAGCUUUCACGCAGGUUUGAGACAGAGUUGGGUGAGGUGCUGGAGACUACGCGCUCGAUCGGGACGAUGGUGGAGCAGAUGAGCAAGACGCGGCUGGUUAGGACGGUGGACGUGGCUGUUCAGUUGGAUGGGAUGAGCUUGGAAGAGCUGGCAGCCGAAGAACCGCUGGAAGAAACGACAGUAGAGGGAGAGGUAGAACAACAACGGAUACCAGACGUAGAGGAAAUUCUGGAAGUUGUGCUGGAAGAUAUACUACCAGAGUUGCAUCCGAAAGACGUAGAAGAAGCUGUGGAACCCAUCGAAGCAGAGGUCGUUCAAGAGCGAGAGGAACCAAUAGAAGCAACAGUGACUCUGGAAGCUGUUCAAGAGGAAGAACCAGUGGAACCAGCAACAGAGGGCGUCGAAGCCCUCGAAAUAUCUGAAGCUCUGGAUAUUAUCCAGGAAGAAGCAGCUGAACUACCGACGGAAACAUCAAACGAAGAAGACGCCACCUCCGAGAUUGUUCUAGAACCUGAAGAACUUCCUGAAGUGGUCGAAGUGACACAAGAGCCAAUUGCACCAACCCUCUUGGAACCUGCUGAACCUAUCCCGGUAGAAGAAAUUGCGCCUCAAGAGGAGUCUGGCAUUGCCACUCCAGAAGAAGUGGAGGAGGAACUUCCGAAGGUUGAAGAACCGGUGGAAUCUAAUCAAAAGGUGUUGGAGAUGAUCGGUUUUGUUGAGGGGUCUGAGGUGACAGAAGAUCAGGCGCUGGAAGAACCGCUGCAACCGGAUCAAGUGACAGACGUUGAAGCACAGCCUAUCGUUGAGAAGUCUCCGCCUCCGCUGGAAGAAGUCGUCGCGGCGGAACAAGCUUUCGUAGAAUCUGUCAAGCAACCAUCGGAAACUGAAGAAGUAACGGUUCUUCGGGAAAUAAUUGCAGUUGAAAUGACGCAGGAGGAUCGUCGACCGUCCGAAGUCAGCAUCGUAGUGAUUGAACCUGAUUACAGCCAAGAGGAAGAAAUUGCUAUGGAAGAAGUUGCAGAUCCGAUUACAACGGUUAUGCAAUCGUUGGAAGAACCUCGACCCAACCUUGCCACCGAAGAUCUGCUGCAGCGUGAUGACAGCCACACAUCGACCGACAAGUCGGUGGACAUUUCUGAGCAACUGGAAGUUGCUGAAACGCUCGAAGCUUCUCAGGAAGCACCCUCAGAUGUUCCGGAUGACAAGCAGGAACAAGCUAGCGAGCAACCUGCGCAGAAUCUGCAAGAGCCAGUUGCUGAAGAACCAAAAUCCCUCGACAAGCCGUUGGAACCAACAGAAGAACGCAUCUCGCGAACUUCGUUCGUCAAGCCUUCGCCGAUGCAGGAAGGCGAUCACGCCACCUCAACGCCACGGACGCUGUGCGAGCUUGCCUUCAGCUAUCAGUGUCAGUGGGCGGCCUAUCAUAAGGGGGCCAGCCAGAGAUUCGCGUGCCCGGCGGGGAUCAUCUCGUGCCAUCGGGUGGGUCCAGAUCAGCUGAUGCUUCACUGGGACGUGGCGGCAAGGUACCUGGAUCAGAUUGAUGAUUUUAAGAUCUAUGUGGAUGGGCAGGAGCACCGUGGGUACUUUUCCAGCAAACGGAGGAGGACGCUCAUUAGCGAGAUCAACACUGCUGGAGAGCAUCUGAUAUCGAUCUACCCGACUCCUAAGAAGGAAGUCAGUGGUGGUAAUCUGCAGUGGGCGCCCGGAUUUUUUGUGUAUCAUCAGUGA